UGGCUAAAAACAGGCGAGUGAAAGAGUACAUGUUUACCGAACGUGUUGAGCUACGUACGGUUGUACCUGCUACGUACGAUUGUACCUGCGUAGCUUAUUAUGCACAUGUAAGAAAGGCGUGUACUAACACACGUGUUUAUAUGCAUGAAUUAUACAGCAUAUAUAUAUAUAUAUAUAUAUACUCCACUCAUUUAGUGUCAGAGGGCGGGGCUCAUGAGUUGACAAUAUUUUUACAAAGUCGAUCCAGAGCCGGGUAGAUGAUACUCAUGACAUGAGCUGGAUUAUAGCGGUUGAUCUCCCCAUCAGGUUGAUGUAAGAAACCACUAAGGACCCUACAUCCGUUGGUUGUGAUGGCAGAGUAUUGAGGAAAAAUGAACGGACCCGCGCACAUCCAAUAAUCAAGAGAUAAUGGAGAAGAAGGAACUUGCCAGCAGGGAGUCGAUGGCGGAAGUGAAGACGAGGCCAUUGGAGGGAUGGGACCGCUGCGUUCCAUGGAUCAUGAGGGCUGUAAUUUUACUUGUGGUCAUUGUUUUAAAACAGAAUUCCGACACAAUUCAAAAAUGGAUUGACAGUACCUGGAGUGACCUGCUGACUUCGUGGGUUUUCAACUCAGUGUACUUUGAGUCUUGGCAUGCAACGUUGACCUAUGCAAUAGUGAUACCGAUAUAUCCAUUCGCCUUACAUUACAUUCCGUAUUUUGAUAGGUACAAGGUGCACCCUUCCGUGACAUAUGUACACACUACUGGGAAGGACUUGUUAAUGGAGGCCGUUACAUAUCUGACCCCUUUAAUGCUAUUAGACACGUUCACAAUUAAGAAGUACGUGGGAGUACAUCCGUCCGUCAUGGCGCAAAAGCGGCUGAGUUUCAUCCAGACGACACGUCCACUUCCGAUUGCGCCACCUACCGUUGGACAAGUGGGUUUUCAACUUAUCUCAAGUGUCUUGUUGUUUGACUUUAUGUUCUUUUGUUUCCAUCUGUUGUUUCACAAAAACGCAUGGCUGUACAAGACUGUACACGCGCUGCAUCACAAACAUGACGUCAUGCACGGCCGCGUGACUAACUUGCUGACCGUCCCAGAACGGAUAGUUCUAAUUUUGUCGGCAAACUACGCGCUAAGAUUCAUGGGAAGCCAUCCCAUCACAAGAAUGCUGUUCGUACCAGUGUUUAUUUUCCUCUUAGUGGACAAUCAUACUGGAUAUGAUCUUCCGUUCGGAAUACAUCGGAUAGUUCCGUUUAAUUUGAUGGGUGGACCCGCCGCUCACAUGGCUCAUCAUUUCAAAGGCACCACACAUUACCAGCCAUUCUUUACUUACAUGGACACACUGCUGGGCAAAUAUAAUUCUUACUCAAGUAACGUAGGUAAGAAAGUUAAGGAAAAUAAGAUUGAUUAGGAAAUUGGUUUAUGUCUACAACAAAGAUCAUUGUAUCACCAUUUGUCACUUGACGUUUGGUGUGAUUGCAAACAGAAAAUCAAAACAAGUGGUCUUAAAAAACAUGUCAGCGGUAAGUCUUGUAAUAAUUGAGAGAAAAAAUAAAGAGGAGUUUCAACGAGGUUUUGCUAUAUCCUUAGUAUGAUGUAAAACUAAAAGUUAACCAGAAUGGGUGUUCUGUUUUAAUAUCAGCCUUACUUCGGGAAAAAUAAGAUGUAUGCAGUAGUAGAAUCGAAUCACGCGGAACCGGCCACUACUUUUGAUGACAGCUUCAUUUGACCUAGCUUUCAGUUAAAUAUACAGUAAAACCUCGUUAUACUGUCACCAAACUUAACUAUCGCGAAAUAUUGGCGUUAUCAAGUAGUUUUGUGGUACAUGUCAUGGAAGAUAUAUAAAAUAAUUUUAAGUAGAAGGAGGUAUUGAAACCUUGAAACACGUUGUCGAUAGGUGAAGUUACAUAUCAAACAAAUGGCAUUAUAUCGAGAUAGCUCUGUAUGUCAUUUUAUCCAUCCUACAUACGUAACACCGUAAUGACGCAAGAAACACACCUCACUGUGUGGUCAUAUUUAAACCUGUAACACAACAUGCAUGUAUAUGUUUUGUAAUGAUUGUUUUUUAUUAUUAUUUAUAUAACGUUUGAUGAAAAGAAUAUAUUAUUUAUGGUAUUCGGGUAGUUUUAACUCUAAGUCAAGUUUGAACGUAUCUGUAGGCAUGAGUGAUCCAAGAACAGGUAUUAGUAUAAUCAAGGAUUAUAUUAUAGGUGUAUUGACAGACGAUGCUAGUACCUGUGAUCCAAGACCUGCGAGAAAUCCAUUUAUUUGUGUAGAAGAGAGAAGAUAAUUAUAUAGACCGGAGAAAAACGCAAACUCUCAAAACGUGUUGUAAUUCAGGAAAAUAUGUUACAUGUGUCCAAGAUCUAUUACAAUAGCAUACAUGUAUUUCUGGUUUGCAUAGAAUUUGGACUAAAACUAGUCAAGUAUAUCACAGGCACUUGAAUUAACUCGAAUAUAUGGGAUAAGAAUAAAGAAUAAAAGAACAUCGGCUAAGACGAUAAUCAUAUAUUUAUUUUUUUAAUUCAAGACGCUGUGAUUUAUACCAAGUUUUCUAGUUGUUACUGAUAUCCUUUACAACUUUUUUAAAAUAUACCACCUGUCCUAAAAUAUACCACCUGUCCUAAAAUAUACCACCUGUCCU